AUGGCUUUUUCUGUAAAAGGAAAAUCCGCAAUAGUCACAGGAGCUGGCUCAGGAAUCAACUUCAGCUUUGCCAAGUUGCUGCUUGUGAAUGGUUGCAAUGUCCUUAUUGCGGAUCUGGCCUUGCGCCCUGAAGCACAAGCAAUUGUCGACAAGUACUCUGCUAAAACUGACUCAUCCCCGAGAGCCAUGUUCCAAAAGACAGAUGUAACAGACUGGCCGCAGCUGGAGGAAAUGUUUAAUGUUGCCGUGAAGGAGUUUGGGGAGAUUGAUAUUGUGUGUCCGGGUGCAGGUGUCUAUGAACCGCACUGGAGCAAUUUCUGGCGACCUCCUGGAAGCCCCGAAAGUCGAGACUCAGCGUCAGGUUCCAGAUACGCCCUGCUCGAUAUCAAUUUAACCCAUCCCAUCCGGACCACACAGCUUGCCAUCUCUCAUUUUCUCCAACACAGGACAAAUGACAAGCCGAAACAUAUCAUCCAUAUCUCCAGCGUUGCAGGACAAAACCCUUCCUUAGCUGCUCCUAUUUAUGUUGCUACGAAACAUGCAAUUAGCGGUCUGGUUCGAUCAUUGGCAAAGCUCGAUCGACGCUUUGGAAUCCGUGUUACGGCUGUCGCACCCGGUGUCAUCAAGACUCCUCUGUGGACCGAGCAUCCCGAGAAGCUGAAGAUGGUGGAUGAGAACGUUGAUGAAUGGGUCACGCCGGACGAGGUGGCAGAGGUCAUGCUUGCUCUCAUACAGCAAGAUAAGGUCAGCGAGAUUAUUGGUGACAAGGAGGGUAAAGGCAAAACGUAUCCCGUGGGAGGAGGCACUAUAAUUGAGGUGGGGAAGAAGGCUAGAGCUGUUCAUGCAUUCAAUGACCCGGGCCCAGUAGGCCUUGCGGGAAACACGGUGUCUCAUAUGAAAGUCGUCGAGGAAGAGGCCUUUGGGUUGUUAUCACAGAAGGGCUGGGGAACUACACCGUCUAAACUCACUUCCAUAACCACCUUUCCGCCGGGCGCACGUGUCACCGACAAAUCCGUCAUGUUCGACGACGAAGCGGUCGUGGGUGCCUCCGUGGACGCACCGCGGAACAGAUCGCGGAGGCGCCUAUUGAGAGGAAAGCGAGACAAUGGAUAUCAAGGCUCAGCGAGCUGGAUCAGCAGCGUUAUCAACCUGCUUAAUACCAUCGUCGGUGCUGGUGUCCUAGCAAUGCCCCUUGCCAUGUCCCAUUUCGGAAUUGUCCCUGGUAUCUGCGUUAUAAUCUGGUCGGGAAUGGCGUCUGGAUUGGGCCUCUAUCUGCAGGCUAGAUGUGCACAGUACUUGGACAGAGGCUCUGCGUCAUUCUUUGCCUUGUCUCAGAUUACCUAUCCGAAUGCCUCCGUCAUCUUCGAUGCAGCCAUUGCCAUCAAAUGUUUCGGUGUCGGUGUGAGCUAUCUUAUAAUUAUUGGGGAUCUUAUGCCUGGAGUGGUAGAGGGCUUCUUAGGGAGUGCUCCUGAACAUGACUUUCUGGCGCAUAGGCAGUUUUGGAUCACCGCGUUUAUGUUGGUUGUCAUCCCGCUCGCUUUUCUGAGACGACUGGACUCUCUCAAAUACACCAGUAUCAUCGCUCUGGUAUCCAUUGGAUAUUUGGUGAUCCUGGUGCUAUACCAUUUCAUCAAAGCAGAUACGAUUGCUGAUCGUGGACCGAUCCGGGUGUUCAAGUGGGGAGGCCCUCUUCCUGCCUUGAGCAGCUUCCCCGUUAUCGUGUUCGCAUAUACAUGCCACCAGAACAUGUUUUCCAUCUUGAAUGAGAUCAGCAACAACAGCCAUUUCAGAACCACCGGUGUUGUUUUUGCGAGUAUCGGCAGUGCAGCCUCGACCUAUAUCCUAGUGGCCAUCACCGGAUACCUCUCUUUCGGGAACAGCAUCGGCGGUAACAUUAUCGCCAUGUAUGCGCCUUCCGUAUCAGCUACGAUUGGACGUGCUGCGAUUGUUGUUCUAGUCAUGUUCUCAUAUCCGCUGCAGGCCCAUCCGUGCCGUGCGUCUGUCGAUGCUGUCCUGAAAUGGCGGUGGAAGUCAAGAGGAUCCAAUGGCAACGAGGUGUCACCUCAUCGUCACCCGCUUCUAGGACCACGUGGAAACCGACCUGCUGAGCCCAUGAGCGAUCUUCGUUUUGCGGUCAUUACGACUAUUAUCAUCAUUUUGAGCUACAUCACAGCCAUGACCGUGACUUCUCUAGAGGCUGUGCUGGCGUACGUUGGAAGUACGGGAAGCACAAGCAUCAGCUUCAUCCUGCCUGGAUUGUUUUAUUAUAAGAUCUCCUCGCCCGAGUCAGACACACACCAGCGCCUCAUGAAAGAGGACGACGAAGCGGAAUCUGCCUCAGAGGACGAUGGAGAAGAGAGUGGAGAAGGCCUCCUAGCGAGCUCUCUGACGUCCAGCGGCAUCCUUCGUCGUGGCAAGCGCCAAUGGAAAAAAGCUGUCCUCCGGAAGCUGAGCUUAGCCCUUGCCAUCUAUGGUGUCGUGGUCAUGAUCGUUUGUUUGAUUACCAACACGUUCUUUAUUGCCUCGCAUUGA